AUGGAGGAGAUAGAGCUUGAAAAGGGCCCCACUCAGUCUGGAAAGGUUCUUGUGACUUGGGAUGGUGAAGGCGAUCCCGAAAACCCCAAAAACUGGACCUCAAUGAGAAAAUGGAAAGCUAUAUUUGCCAUGAGCUCAUUCGUGUUUAUGAGUCCAUUGUCCUCGACAAUUAUCGCUCCAGCUUUGCCUGCAAUUGCGUCAGACUUGAAAAUUACACAGCCUGCAGUUGAGCAAAUGGUCCUUUCAAUCUUCCUCCUUGGCUUUGCUUGCGGUCCACUGGUGGCAAGCCCGCUGUCUGAAAUUUACGGCCGCGUGAGAGUUGUCCAAACGUGGAACUUGAUGUACAUCGCCUUCAACGCAGCCUGUGGUGGGGCGCACACCAAAGAAUCUAUUAUCAUACUUCGUUUCAUCGCCGGCCUUUGCGGAAGCGCCACACUCGGUAUCGGGGGCGGCACGUUAAGUGAUCUUUUCCGUGCGAGAGAUCGUGGAAAAGCGGUGGCAAUCUACAGCUGGUCUCCAAUUCUCGCUCCGCUGGUCGGUGCAGUCGUAGGUGGUUUCAUCUCACAGAAUGCAACAUGGCAGUGGACGUUCUAUGCAUCCUCCCUUUUGAGUGUUGUCAUUCAACUCUCCGGUCUUAUUUUUCUUGAGGAAACAUAUCCUCCACUUUUGCUGCGUCGAAAGAAAGCCAGGCAGGCAACUGCCACCGGAGCCAACAACCUCUACACCGAAUAUGACUAUCUGGACGAAGGUCGGAUCAAACUUCUAUGCACAAACUUGUUUCGACCUUUCAGACUGCUUGCCACUCAACCGAUCAUCCAGAUCCUGGCGCUUUACAACGCGUAUCUUUAUGGCAAUAUUUAUAUAUUAUACGCUGAUUUUAUCGAUCUGUGGACUGAUGUCUACGGGGAGUCUAUCGAGAUUGCGGGGCUGAAUUACAUUUCAAUCGCUAUUGGAUCUGCCAUUGCCGCAGAAUGUUGCACGCUUAUAAAUGACAGGAUAUAUCGCACAUUAUCGAAGCGGAACGGAGGUAAAGGUGCCCCCGAGUUUCGAAUCCCGAUUAUGCUACCUGCGACACUCUUUUUGAGUGCUGGGAUGUUCUGGUACGGAUGGACCGCCGAAAAGAAGAUGCACUGGAUUAUGCCUAAUAUUGGAACCUCCAUUUUUGUUGCUGGAGCACUUGCAUGCACGAUAUCUGUAAAUGCAUAUGUCAUCGAUACAUAUGGGCGAUACUCGGCAAGUGCACUAGCGGCUGUUUCUACCAUCAGGUGUAUUGCGGGGUUUACGUUUCCAAUGUUCGCGCCCUACAUGUAUUCUUCACUGGGCUAUGGAUGGGCGGGAAGCAUCAUUGGCUUUAUUGCUCUGGGUGUUGGACUGCCUGCCGCGGUUCUGCUGGGGGUGUACGGAAAAUUCCUACGGAGCAAAAGCCCAUAUGCCUCCAAACCUCAUUAA